CCAUAAAUACAGUCAACAUCAUGUCCAGACGCAGCGAUCGCAUCACACUGCAGGUCAGAGACUCAAACACACUGGAGCCGACGCUGAGAGCAGCGCUGAGGAAAAGGAAGACAGAGCCUUCAAAGAAAAAGCUUCAACCUGCCACCAAGAAACAGAACUAUGAAAUCCAGCAGUGUUGGUCGGAGGACUCGGCCAGUCCGUGUGUCCUGAUAGAAACUCCUCACAAAGAACUCGAGCCUGCAGCAGACCGCUCCGGCUUCAAGCAGUACACCUUCAAAAACCUCUUCAUCAAAGCUUCCCCCAUCCCUCGGCUCAGUUGGGCGAGUUCAGACGACGUUUGGAUCAAGAUGUUGAACAAAGAGUUGAAGUACGUCCAUGAUAAGAGUUACCUGCAGCGGCACCCCAAGCUGCAGCCCAAGAUGAGAUCCAUCCUGCUGGACUGGCUGCUGGAGGUCAGCGAGGUCUACAGCCUCCACCGGCAGACGGCUUACCUGGCUCAGGAUUACUUCGACCGCUUCAUGCUCACACAAGACAACGUCAAUAAAGACUGUCUGCAGCUGGUCGGCAUCACCGCGCUCUUCAUCGCCUCCAAGAUAGAGGAGAUUUAUCCUCCUAAAAUCAACGAGUUCGCCUACGUGACGGACGGAGCCUGUGAUAUGUGGGACAUCCAGAGCACUGAGCUGCUCUUACUCAAGGCGUUGGACUGGAACUUGUGUCCAGAGACUCCGAUCUCGUGGCUGAAGCUUUACGCUCAGGUCGAAGCUCAGACGGACGGAGAGAACUUCCUGGUUCCUCAGUUCUGCCAGGAGACGUACCUCCAGAUCACACAGCUGCUGGACGUGUGCAUGAUGGACAUCGACUCGUUGGACUAUGACUACAGCGUUCUGGCUGCAGCUGCUUUCUGUCACUUCUCCUCCUUCGACGUCGUCCACAAAGUCUCAGGCUUGACGUGGGAGAGCGUAGCACCCUGCGUACGGUGGAUGACUCCCUUCAUGGACGCUCUGCGCUCUGAACCAAAACCUCAACUCAAAACAUUCAUCAAAGUUAAAUCAGACGACCGACACAACAUCCAGACACACGUCGCCUACCUGGACAUGCUGAGGAAAGCUCAUGAGCGUCGCAUCGACUCCUCCGACCUCACGCUGUCUCCGGCCGCCUUGUCGUCCACCAUGCUGACUCCGCCCAACAGCACAGAGAAACCAGCCAAUCCCUGA